CAGAGUCAUUUUCGAUCUCAUUUGAGCAUGACCUUAACCACUUCCUCCACUUGCAACACUCAUCCCAUAUCCUCUGUCAAUAGGACCUCCACCACUUCCUCCUCUAGCAAUAGACAAUAGUCAUCACUUAUCCUCUACCAAUACAACCUCAACCACUUUGUCCACUUUCCCCACCCCUCUCAUAUUCUCUGCCAAUUUCAUGAACAAGUUAGUACAGGUAAAACAACACUAAUUACUCUUAAAUCAUCCAAGCAAGCAUGUCUAGCACAGCUGGUCAAGUCACACGCUGCAAAGCUGCGGUGGCAUGGGAAGCAGGGAAGCCACUAGUGAUUGAGGAAGUGGAGGUAGCACCACCACAGGCUGAUGAAGUUCGGUUGAAGAUUCUGUUCACUGCUCUGUGCCACACUGAUGUCUACUUCUGGGAAGCCAAGGGCCAGACACCGGUCUUUCCUCGCAUGUUUGGUCAUGAAGCUGGAGGAAUUGUGGAGAGCGUCGGCGAAGGUGUUACUGAUCUCAAACCUGGUGACCAUGUCCUCCCUAUAUUCACUGGGGAGUGCAAGGAGUGCCCACACUGUCUGUCUGAAGAAAGUAACUUGUGUGAUCUCCUCAGGAUCAACACUGACAGGGGUGUUAUGCUCAGUGAUGGCAAUUCAAGAUUCUCUAUUAACGGAAAGCCCGUAUUUCACUUUCUUGGCACCUCCACCUUCAGUGAAUACACUGUUGUUCAUGUGGGCUGUGUUGCCAAAAUCAAUCCUGAAGCUCCCCUUGACAAAGUCUGCAUUCUUAGCUGUGGCAUAUCCACAGAUCUUGGUGCUACUCUGAAUGUUGCAAAACCUAAGAAGGGUCAAUCUGUAGCUGUUUUUGGGUUGGGAGCCGUUGGCCUUGCGGCUGCUGAAGGUGCAAGGAUAGCUGGGGCUUCAAGGAUCAUUGGUAUUGAUCUGAACCCGAGCAGGUUCAAUGAAGCUAAGAAGUUCGGUGUUACUGAGUUUGUGAAUCCAAAAGAUUAUGACAAGCCUGUACAAGAGGUGAUCACUGAGAUGACGAAUGGAGGAGUUGACAGGAGUCUUGAAUGCACCGGGAGCGUUCAGGCCAUGAUCUCAGCGUUUGAAUGUGUUCACGAUGGUUGGGGUGUUGCUGUCAUUGUUGGUGUACCAAACAAAGAUGAUGCAUUCAAAACACAUCCCAUCAACUUGUUGAACGAAAGAACUCUCAAGGGUACCUUCUUUGGCAACUACAAGCCGCGCACUGAUAUUCCUGGCUUAGUCGAAAAAUACAUGAACAAGGAGCUAGAGCUGGAGAAGUUCAUUACUCACACGGUGUCGUUCUCGGAGAUAAACAAAGCCUUUGAUUACAUGCUGAAAGGAGAGAGCCUUAGGUGCAUCAUUCGCAUGGAGGCUUAGAUAGAUGAUCAUAACGCCACAGUGCACUGCAGUGGUGAGCAUUAGCAGGUAUGCAAUCUCUACUAUCCAUUCCUUUAGUACUGUUGUUUCUUCUGAACUUGUGAAACCAAACAGGUUACUUGGUACUUGGUUUACUGGCUGCAUUUUGCACUGUAAAUAUCUUUCUUGAAAUCUACAACACUUAUCCUAGUGUUUUUGCUU